AUGGCAGACAGUUGUGACAGUCAAACUGAAAGUGUUACUCCUAUCAAUAUUUGCGAUUUUUACUGGCGAUCACGACUAUGCUCCAAUACUUACAGACAUGGUGAUCCUUUGAUCGAGUUUUCUAUCUUAUGGCCAGAUAGUGCCACUUUGCAAGACUUUCUUGAAAAUAUAACUAUAACACAUGCAGAACUCAAGGAUUUUUGUUUAAUUGCUUUGCGCUGUGGCCCAUUUGAUGUUAUCUCCUGCUUGUUGAAACGUGGAUUCUUACCAAAUGAUCAACAAGAGAUCUUUGGCAAUUAUAACUUUACUAUGCUCCAUGUCGCUGCUUUAGCAGGAAACCUUCCUGUCAUGAAGGAAUUAUCGAAGCAGUAUUCAUCCAUGAAGAGAAUGAAAGAUGAAUUAGGUCGAUUACCCGAAGAGAUAGCCUCGAUCGAUUCUAAAGGAUCAACUAUAGUAACAGACAGGAAACGUAACGGUAAGAAAAAUAAAUUACGUUCACCUACUGAUACUGAAAUAAAAGAAAUAUUCCAAUGGCUACGUGAUCCAAAUUGCUACGAUGAAUUCCUAUUAAAAAUGCAGUUAAUUGAAUUGGAUGUCAAUCGGAUAAAAGAUGAAAACGGCGAUUUAAUGUUGCACGUGGCUGUCACUCAAGGAAUUAGUCAUAUACCGUUUAUUAUGGCUUUGGUAUACCUGCAUCAUGCUUCUAUUGAAGCGACCAACGAAAAUGGCCUAACACCGUUAUGCGUAGCUGCGAAAUGUAGCCAUUCAAUGUUAGCCGACAUCUUGAUAUGUGUACUUGGUGCAAGCCCAAAUACCUGUAAUUCUCGAAUCGGCUGGAGUCCUCUACAUUAUGCUGCUGCUAGAAAUGAUUACGAUACAGCACGAUUCUUAGUCAUGAGAGGCGCAGAUGUAAAUGUUGAAGAUGAAAAUGGAAGAAGACCAGAUGAUGUAGCCGAACGAAAUGGGCUCUGUUAUGCAUUAUUGCAGACAGGAAGAUCGAACCGUAUCGAAAAUUUAAUCCAGAAAAUUAUGCAGGAUUGCCUUCGUCAAGAAGACCUUAGGCAAUCAGAUUUAUGCUUAACUGAUGAGAAUGAUUGCACUCUAUUGAUGGUAGCAGUAAAGCAAAAUAGUCUUCAAAGCAUCGAAAUAUUAACCCGCUACAAGCAUUGUCCUCUUGAUGCACAGGACGGGAAGGACGAAUUAAUUCGCAGAAGAAACUGUCAAGUUCGAAUUGCCGAUAUUAGUGGAUGGUUACCUUUGCAUCAUGCCGCAUAUAAUGCUCAUGAGGAAAUUGUUUCGCUAAUUUUAAGUAGCAACGACAGAUUAGUGGGUUUAGCCAAAGCUCAACAAUUAUGCCAAUCUACUAAGAUAGGAUUAAUUAUCACUGAUGCUCAACUAAGACGGCGAAGGGAAAUUGUAAAACCUAUGGUCUUUGAUUGUUGUACAAAUGGAGAUUGCGAUAGACUGUAUUCUAUCUUAGAAGAAGGAGACAACCUAAGCAAUUAUGUAAAUUCUAACGAAAACCCGAUUUUCAUAGCUGCUCAUAAUGGUUAUACAGGCAUCGUUAAAAUUUUAAUUGAGAACGGCGUGGAUAUUAGAUGUAAAGAACCUAACAGCGACAACACCCUUUUACAUAUCGCUGCACAAGAAGGUCAUAAGACACUGGUAGAAUUUCUAAUUCCAUAUAUUAACCCCGGCAAAAAUAAACGUAAACUAGCCCCUAUUGAUGUCAAUGCACUAAAUUCGACUGGGUUCACCGCACUACAGCUAGCAGCUGAUAAAGGCCAUCGCGAAAUUCUCAGGAUCUUUCUUGAAAAUGGCGCAUCGACGGCACUACUGGAUGUAAAUGGAAACCUAUACUGUAGCGAAUUUGACGGGUUGCAAGUUUUGAUUGACAAUAGCCGGAAAGAGAGAAUGGAAUUAUUUAAAAGGUUUUGCAAGGAUAAAUCUGGUUUAACCAAAUUACGUUCUGAAUGGCUGAUCCCAUUUGACUAUAAUCUACGGGAUGAAAACGAUGACACCUUCUUAAUGUACGCUGCAUAUUGUGGAAGACUAGACGUCAUCAACUUUCUAUUAGAACCAACUGUUAAAACCAAGAAUGCUGUCUUUCUGGACUUUCAAAGCGGUAGCACUACACCAGCUAGCGACGGCCAACGAAGUUCACCAGGCACACCAGUUGGCCCGUAUACCCCAGCCAGUUUAGGAAGAAGCCCAGAACUUAAGUUCCAACAUAACGGAAAAACUGGCGGAGGGCCUGCGAGAUCUCGUUCUGCGACAGAUAGCAGUAUUGAAGGAGAGACCGCUAGGACUCUAGCUGCCGCAAAUAAUUAUGAGCAGAUCAGUGAUGCAACUAUCCGUCGCCGUUUGUCAUUGAGACGUAAUGAUAGUGCUUUUAGCCGUUGGUCAAUGGAAGACUCUAACGCUGACUCUGAAUCCUACAUUGAAGGGCAAAAUAUUGACGUUCGAUUAUUGCCCAGUAACGAAUUUGUUUGUGCUGUUAAUCCUCGAGACGGUUAUACAGCUUUACAUCGUGCAGUGCAAGGCAGUGACAGUAACGUUGGUAUCGUGAAAGUCUUAAUUAACGCCAAUAAUGAAUGUUUAAACAUGUCUGAAAAUUCAGGAAAUACAGCUCUACAUUUGGCUUGUCAAUUACGCCGGAAAAUGAUAAUAAAAGCACUCUUGAACUUUCGAGAGUUAGACGUCAACAUUCAGAAUGAAAAUGGUCUCUUGGCUGACGAUUUAACGGCGCUAACAGCGACCAAGCAAAAUAUUAAAAAAUUGCGUGAUGAACGUACUGAUUACCAAAAGCCGAUGGAUCAAGCUGAUGAAGUAGCAGUCAGUAGUGAUGGGACUUCUAUCGAUUUUGAUGUUUUGAAUGCUGUAUUUAAGUCCCUUUAA